AAUACACCACCAGCAGUCCCGAUCUGUUGCUAGUCAUAUUCCAAGUGACCGGCGUCAGCCUCCUGCCACCGCUGGGCAUUGCCAUCGCUGUCAUCGUCACCUUCUACUGCUACCGUGUCCACCGGCAGCAGAAGCUGAGCCCCUCCUGGGAGACCAGCAAGCCGCGGAAGCUCAUGGAGUUCAGCGAGCACUGCGCCAUCAUUCUGGAAGACGACCGCUCCGACAUCAGCUCCACGUGCGCCAACAACAUCAACCACAACACAGAGCUGCUGCCCAUUGAGCUGGACACCCUGGUGGGCAAAGGUCGAUUCGCCGAGGUCUACAAGGCCAAGCUGAGGCAGAACACGUCCGAGCAGUUCGAGACCGUGGCCGUCAAGAUGUUCCCCUACGAGGAGUACGCCUCUUGGAAGACGGAGAAAGACAUCUUCUCGGACAUCAACCUGAAACACGAGAACAUCCUGCAGUUCCUGACGGCCGAGGAGCGCAAGACAGAGCUCGGGAAGCAGUACUGGCUGAUCACCGCCUUCCAUGCCAAGGGCAACCUGCAGGAGUAUCUCACGCGCCACGUCAUCAGCUGGGAGGACCUGCGCAAACUGGGCAGCUCCCUGGCUCGGGGCAUUGCCCACCUCCACAGUGACCACACCCCCUGUGGGAGGCCCAAGAUGCCCAUCGUGCAUAGGGACCUCAAGAGCUCCAAUAUCCUGGUGAAGAACGACCUGACCUGCUGCCUGUGUGACUUUGGGCUGUCCCUGCGUCUGGACCCUACACUGUCUGUGGAUGACCUGGCUAACAGUGGGCAGGUGGGGACUGCCAGAUACAUGGCACCGGAAGUCCUGGAAUCCAGGAUGAAUCUGGAGAACGUGGAGUCCUUCAAGCAGACCGACGUCUACUCCAUGGCGCUGGUGCUCUGGGAAAUGACGUCCCGCUGCAAUGCGGUGGGGGAGGUCAAAGAUUACGAGCCUCCGUUUGGUUCCAAGGUGCGGGAACACCCCUGUGUGGAGAGCAUGAAGGACAAUGUGCUGCGAGAUCGAGGUCGACCAGAAAUCCCCAGCUUCUGGCUUAACCACCAGGGCAUACAGAUGGUGUGUGAGACACUGACCGAGUGCUGGGACCACGACCCGGAGGCCCGUCUCACGGCCCAGUGCGUGGCGGAACGCUUCAGCGAGUUGGAGUACCUGGACAGACUCUCGGGAAGGAGCUGCUCCGAGGAGAAGAUUCCCGAAGAUGGCUCACUGAACACUACCAAAUAGCACCUCUGGGACAGGCUGGGCCAAAUCCAAAGAAGUCACCGCUCUCACCAAAGAACAGAGGCAGCAGGAAGCUGCCCCUGUAUUGGUCGAUGCUUCCUGGAAAACCGAGGGCAUCACUCCCCCUCCCUGUAAGCUGUGGGAUGAACGGAAAACACAGCAGCAGGGAGCAGGUGACAUAAAGCAUUCUAAACCUUUGACAUUGUCAUAGGAUAAGCUGUGUUAGCACUUCCUCAGGAAACGAGAUUGAUUUUUUUUUACAAUAGCCAAUAACAUUUGCACUUUAUUAAUGCCUGUAUAUAAAUAUGGAAUAGCUAUGUUUUAUAUAUAUCUAUAUAUGUCUAUAUCUAUAUCUAUCUAUAUAAAUAUAUAUAGCCAUACUCUGAAAAGAGACAAGGAAAAAGAUCAAAGAUCCCCAGGAAAUCGGUUUUGUUGGAGAGCUCCAGAACCGAGCGAGGAAGGAAGGCAGAGGACAGCGUUAGCACUUGACAGUCACACGAGGUGUCCUCCCCAAGCUGGGCGACGGGCACCUGGCCUGAGCAGAGACGCUCCGUGUCUCGGGGCCUGCUUCGGCCACGUUACACUUGCUUUUGCAAUCCUGAUUCCUGGCACAGGGGUUCUCCUCCAGCCCUGGAGCUAAGUAUGGUCGCACUGUUUGGGGACCAGUGUUCCUGGGGUUCCUGUGUGCCAUUGAUGCUCUUGGAUUUUGCAUCUGGGCUCCAAGCUCCGCACAGUUCAGAAACUGCCCCAUCUCUGCUAGCUUAAAUGUUUCGAGGCCCCAUGUGUUCCGCUCAUAGGCUGCAGAACAAUCAGGGUAAAUGUCUGCACCCGUGAACUGGCCCCACCAUCUACUAGUAAGAUUGUUCUUCGCCGUGUCAUUCCCUCUGUACCUUUGCUACUUUUCCCCAGUCCCAGCCUUCUUCCUUCCCCAAAAGGGAACAGAUUUCCCACCACCACCUCCCGCCCCAGGGCUCACUGUGUUUAGUUUCCCGCCACACUUGGCUUGAGUCUCUCGCUUUCCGUGCAAACAUCCCUGGGUCCCGUCUUUCUGAGCUCCUGAAAGCUCAAGCAGGUGUUAGCCCAACUACACAAUCCUGCUACUGUGAGGACCCCGUCCUUGGGCAGGCUGAACACGUGUUUGGCUUGGCCAGCACAGCGCUGAAGAAAGUUGAGCCACUUUUUAAAUAUUUGUAGAUUUUUGCAGAAGGACAUGGAUCCCUCGUAAGGACAGCAAAUGGUUUCCAGUUCUCUGCAAUGCACAUUAUUCACAAAAUGAAGGUUGGACACACUUAAAAAGCUGCUUCUCUUCUCACUGUAAACAUUUGUACCCCACUCUGGGAUUUCACCAAAGUCCCUUGUAAGAAACGUGCAUUCAAGCUGUCAUUCUCUGGCUAUAUCAUAGGAUUUCGACUACCUUGUCUGGAAUGAAAAUUUGAAGUCAGCCUUUGGUUGGACUCAUGGGGACUGUCAUGUGGUCCCAGGUAGCCCAAGUCCCUUUUGCUUCUCCAUGAAGGGUUUUUCCCUCUGCAUUAAGGAGGGGAGUGCUUUCCUCCAGGAAGGCUUCCUGCUGUUUUCUGAACUCUUCAGGACACCAGCCUUCCCGCAUGGUGAGGGCUAGAACGUGGGACACCCCGGUCCCAUUUGCAGUAAGGAAGUCUGUGUCCACGUAGACAGGAACAAAGAUUGAGCUUUAAUACUCCAGAGGAAACUUGUUACUCCACAAACACAAGUGUUAAUGCUGCAAGUAACAAUCUUUUUUUUUUUUUUUUAUCAUUUUGUGUUUUUAAAGCUAUUUGUCUUUAGCCAGAGGGGAAUACGAGAGAGAACUGGCAGUGGGCGCAUCUCAUUGAGGUUCUAGGAUAUGUGAGAAGCGUGGGGCCCAGUGGAAGCCCCAGGCGCCCUGCUCAGUGCUGCUGGGCUUCAGAGACGACCACACACUGUGCAGUCCUAGGAGGGAAGCGCUGAGUUGCACUUGCACCUGAGGGCUUGCUGGUGCCUUCCCAACAGCUGUUGCUCAUUGACCUCUAGUGGUGGAUUCUUAGAGUACUGGUGCAUACAGAGGAUCUCCCGAGGUUUGAGAGCUUUACCACUUCUGGGUCAUCCUCAGUGUAAACUGGAUCGUGGUGUCGGACGAUACUGUGGCUUGUUCGAUGUUGUCUUUUUUUAUUCAAGAGAAAAGACCAAGGAAUAACAUUCUGUAGUUCCUAAAAAUACUGACUUUUUUUU